AAGGUUAAGGCUUAACUGGCCAGAGAGACCCUACCUGCUCCCUGACUAGUGACUGUGACUGUAUUCCUGGGAGUUUGCAAACCAUGGCCUCUCUGUCCACGCUGCUGUUCCGUGGGCCCGCCCUGCUCCGCAGCUGCCCCCGGCUGUCCGGGGCCCGCACCUACGCUGCGGGUGGUAACUUUGAAUACAUCCUUACUGAAAAGAAAGGGAAGAAUAAUAAUGUGGGGCUGAUCCAGCUGAAUCGGCCAAAGGCCCUGAAUGCACUUUGCCAGGGCCUGAUUGGGGAGAUCAACCAGGCCCUGGAGACAUUUCAAGAGGAUCCAUCUAUAGGAGCCAUCGUCCUGACAGGUUCAGAAAAGGCAUUUGCAGCUGGAGCAGAUAUCAAGGAGAUGCAGGAUAAAACUUUCCAGGCUUGUUACUCAGGGACGUUAUUAAAGAACUGGGACCGGAUCACCCAGCUCAAGAAGCCAAUAAUAGCUGCUGUCAAUGGCUACGCACUUGGGGGAGGCUGUGAGCUUGCUAUGAUGUGCGACAUCAUCUAUGCUGGAGAGAAAGCUCAAUUUGGACAGCCAGAGAUCCUAAUAGGGACCAUCCCAGGUGCGGGGGGAACUCAGAGACUUACCCGAGUGGUUGGAAAGUCCUUGGCAAUGGAGAUGGUUCUUACAGGUGACCGAAUCUCAGCUCAAGAAGCCAAGCAAGCAGGCCUCGUCAGCAAAAUUUUCCCUGUGGACAAGCUGGUUGAAGAAGCCAUCCUGUGUGCUGAAAAAAUUGCCAAAAAUUCAAAAAUUGUGACAGAAAUGGCCAAAGAAUCCGUGAAUGCAGCUUAUGAGACGACAUUAGCAGAAGGAAUUAAAACAGAGAAGAAACUCUUCUAUUCCACUUUUGCCACUGAGGAUCGGAAAGAGGGAAUGACUGCAUUUGUGGAGAAGAGGAAGCCCAACUUCAAGGACAAAUAACUGUUGUCUUAUACUUGAGAAGUGCAAAGAGACUUAUAUUUUUCUUUAGAAGUGAUUUUUUUUAAUAAAAAUAAAUCAUAGCUGUUGUGCCCAGGUAAACUACAAAUGACACAAUAUGCCUCUCUUCAGAUUGAAGCAUUACUUUGGAGGACUGUGUUCAGGGCCUGCUUUGCCAGUUCAAAGAUCACGCCUUUCUCCUCUUGGGUGCACCAGAAUGCAAGGCCUUGUCUCCAGACACCAAAGCAAUUUAUUUGCCUUAAUGGAUCUGUCUCUACUGCAUCAUCAUCACUCCAGUGUUUCUUACCAGUGUGAUCUUAUCUGGUGUUAGCUCAGAAAUUCUUUAAUGGAAGGUAUUGGUGUUAUGUAUUAAAACAGCUUCGCUUGAUGUAAGGGACAAGGAGAGGAGCUUCUGGCCUCAGCGGACCUCAGUCCAGACCAGCCUGUUGUUGUCACCAUCAUCUAAAUGUAAUCAUGUCAGUAUGAGAAACAUUUCCUUCCUGCUUUGGUACUUAUUUCAAUUAUAUGGAUAAAUCAUUGAUUAAAAUAACUUUUUACUCAUUUUA